GUCGCGUCGCCAACAAAAUUGAGAAUAUUCGUAACACGCCCGAGACACAGAGACAUAUUUAAGUUUAUAUAUUUUAUAUAAUAAGUUUUGCGCAAUGGACACGCUGCCCGAUACGGUGGCCCAGGAGCCACCCGGCAAGCUGCGUCGCCCGCGUGGCCCAACGGACUGCGCCGUGGUGGUCGCCACAACGCCCGUGAAGGCCAAAGUGCCCAAAACGGAAGGAUCAAAGAAAUUGAAGAAAAAACUAGAGCUGUUCGAGAGUGAGAAUCAGUCGCUGAACAAGGCUAUCAGUGACAAAAACAAGGAGAUUACGGCACUGAAGAGAUCCGUGGACUCGCUCAACGAUGUCCUCAAUUCGGUGCCCAUUGACGAGCUACGGUGCAACUCCUCGAUAGCCGGCACCAAGAUACUGGAACUGAGCAAGAAGAAUCGACAGAUGCGCGCCGAGUUGGAGCAGAUGAAGAAUCGGGUGGAGAAGAAGGACCAAAUGAUCGGAAAGUUGGAGCGGGAGCUCAAGGCCAGCGAGGAGAAGAUCCAUCACCACCAGGAGUUGCUCAAGAAGUGCAGCUCGGCGGAAGAACUGCAGGCGAAGAUGAAUGGCAUUCAGCAGAAGCUUUUCGAGUCGCGCAACAAGAACACAGAGCUGCAGAACCAACUGAAACUCGCCCAGAAGUGUCUUCAGCACGAGAUCGGCGAGAGCUGUAACAUCAACAUUCUGGCCAAUAAUCUCAAUCAGGCCAAUUGGCGCGGACGGGCCCAGCAGAUUCUCAAUCUGCAGCAGAAGGUGCAGGAGUUGCGGGCCCGCGUGGAGUACUACGAGGAACGGGUGUCCGAUCGCUCCGAAUAUGCGCCCAUUCCAGUGGGUUUGGAGCUGGAUAGUUCCUCUGGCUUUUCGCGGACCCCACGCACGGUCAAUGGCAGCGCUAGCGCCAGCAGUUUCAAUGUUGAUGCCCUCUGCGGUAGUGCUACCUUUGACCGCUUCACGCCUGGGGUACGCAAGAACGAGAUCCGGCACCAGGCCAAGGUGGAGGCAUUGGAGAAGAACAUCAUAGAGUUGCAGUCGCAGCUGGAGGAGCAGCGUAGCCGCACCCUGGCCCUCAAGGUGCGCAACAAGACGUUGAACGAGGAGGUGGUCAAGUACAAGAUGCGCUCCUCGGAGCUGGAGGAGCAGACCGACUACAAUGGCAUCAAUAUCAGCACCAUGGGCGAGAAACUCGACCGCCAGCGUUUCCAGUAUGAGACGCGUCUAGACGACAUGCGCUCAGAUCUGACACGCAUGACGGAGGAGAGGGACAAUGCCCGUCGACAGCUGGAGGAACUGAGUGGCAUGCAUCUGGAGCUGGAGACGACACUCAAGCAGAAGGACGUGGCUCUGACGAGUCUUCAGGAUAUGGUAAAGAAGCUGGAGAUGGAUUUGCGUGCAUUAUCCGGGGGAUUCCUGUUUUCAUGUCGCGAGUUUCGCAAGGAAGAAUUUGUGGGCAUUCUGGAUGCCCUGGAGGUGGAGAAGAAUCAGCUCAUGCUCCUCACCAAGAGCCUUAACGAGCGUAUCGCAGUGGAGCGUACCAAGAACGAGGGCAUCCAGGAGCAGAAUGCAAAGCUCAAGGCCCGCAUCAGCCGCAUGGAGGCGAAGAUCCGGGAAAUGGAGAAGGAGCUGGACGUCCAGUCCGAUAAGAAGAAGCGCACCCAGCGAAUGGCCGAGUAUGCCAGUUCGCUGAGUCGCUCUUCUCUUAACGGAUCCAUCGGGUCGUUCUCUUUCGACAACCAAUCCCUCUAUCAAUCGGCUAGCACCUUGAACAGCCUGAACAUCUCCACGGAACCCAAGACCGAGGAUCUGAAGAAUCAAUUGGAGCUCGCCCAAGAGAAGAUCGCCAUGUUGACGGAGAAACUUGAUUAUAUCACCGAGGAAAAGAUAUCAGAUGCCAAAUUAUUUGAGGAAACCAUGCAGAACUCCAAGACCAUCAUUCUGGAGACCAUUAUGAGUGCCCACGAGGGUACCAUCUCUGGUGGAGACGUUGGAGCACCCCAAAAGCUGAUGGCUGGCUUGUCUGAGUCCUCCACCAGCGAUAGCCUCUAAACGAGGAGACCUCCACAUGAUUUCUUUAAUUUGAUUGUUUAAAACUUUAGUUCUGUUUAUGGGAAAAUGAAAGAAAAUGUU